UGUUCCUGAUGUCCUGCUGCCUCUCCUCCUCUUCCUCUCUCAGGAUGAAGAUGAUCUCCAGGAUCCUGCUGCUCCUCAUCCUCAGCUCAUGUCUCUGUGCAACAUUUGUAGUGAAUGUGACACAGAGCAGCUAUCAGGCACAGGAGAACCACAGCAUCACUCUGGAGUGGACCUUCACCACCAAGACUCAGGGAUCCUGGAGGGAACUGUUCAUCUACUGCAGCUUGUUGGCUCCUCAUAAAGAACUGGUUCUGUAUCAGGUCCAUGAAGGUGUUGAGUUUCCAGAUUCUCAAUAUGAACAGUUUUCAGGACGAGUCCAGAUUGACAAAGACGUCCUCAGAGAAGGACGAAUCCGACUCCAUGUGUCCAGACUGAGGACUGAAGACUCUGGUCUGUAUCUGUGUGACGUGAAAACUGAAGAUGGUUCCAGCAAUGCAGAAUGUCGACUCAACAUUACUGCAUAUGAAAAUGGAGCCCAAGGCAACUUUCCUGUUCCUGGAGGAUCUGAUCCUGGAGUUAUUGGUGGUGUUGUUGUUGGUGUUGUUAUUGGAGCACUCAUCAUCCUCGCCUUCAUCACAUACUGUGUUGUACGUCACCUCAUAAUCUAUGUUGUACGUCGCCACAGAGGUAAACAAAUUUUUCCAUGCUGGAACAACAAGUCUCAAAAUGAACAAGGGAUAAAUGAUGGAGAUCGCAGAGGAAAUGGCAAACCAAGAGAUGGAGCUGAAGAAAAACCUUUACAGGACCUGGGAAAACCAAACCAAAGUGUCUGAAUUCAUCAUUCUGACCUGAAAUCUCCUUCAUAUCACUUGUUGGUAUGAAAACUGUUACAUGUAUAGAACUGUGAAUAAUAAUGAAAAAACUGUAUGCAUUAAACCCAAAAGCAAAUCCUUCAUAUUAGAUCAAAGAUUUAAUAAUCUUUUCUUGAGAUAAAAAAAAGGAUGAAGAAUCAUGUAAGUUAAAAAAGAACAUUUUAUGUCCAUAACUGUUUCUGUAGUUUAGAGUCUCUUACUCAGCUUUUGAAAACUGAUUUUUCUUGAAAAGUAUUUUUUAAUAUCUUCAAAAGUUGACAGACUUGAUCCCCAGCUUGUUCCUACAAAAGGUUUUUAAUUUAAUUUCUGUCAGUGAAUCUUAUUUUUAAUGUUCACACUCUUGUUAUGGUCAAAGCCUCGUUACCUCUUAAAUGAGAAGGAUCAAACCACUCACCCAAAUUGUUCUGAAGGCCAUGUUGUAGUUCCUAGCUUCGUCACCAGGUGGCGCGGCCGUCUGUGAGUAGUAGUUCUUUUUCAAACCAAAACAUUGUUUGAGAAGCCGUGCAGGUCAGCGGACGUGGUGUUUGAAGGUGGUUUUGUUAUUUUGUUCGAGUGUGCGUCCAUAUGAAUGGUAGGUUGCAGUGUAACAGACGUAUAACAGCGUUAUAACACAAAUUAUUUACCUUAUCUCUGCAUUUUAUGACAUAGUCGUCAAUUUUUAAAGUAAAAUUUUGGAAUUUAUUUAUUUACUUUGAAUGAAAGUCUUGAAAAAACAUCUGAGAUGUUGAUGCUUUCCAACAUUCAUCAUCCAACACUAAAUACAAACAUAACAAUCU